CGUCUGGAGUCGGAGGUGAUACUUAUACUUCUGGGGGUGUUCUUGCUGAGGUCCGGCUAAAGCACCAGCCACAAAAAGCUACAAAAUAAGAUAAAUAAUUGUCUCCAAAUAAAAGAAAACCAAGAUCCAUGAGUGGGCAUCGGUCAACAAGGAAACGAUGCGGAGAUUCUCACCUGGAGGCCCCUUUGGGCUUCGGGCAUAUGAGUACUACAGGGUGUAUAUUAAAUAAAUUGUUUCAGUUACCUACACCACCAUUGUCAAGACACCAGCUAAAGCGGUUAGAAGAACACAGAUAUCAGAGUGCUGGACGGUCCCUGCUUGAGCCCUUAAUGCAAGGGUAUUGGGAGUGGCUAGUUGGACGAGUUCCCUCCUGGAUUGCUCCAAAUCUCAUCACCAUCAUUGGACUGUCAAUAAAUAUCUGUACAACUAUUUUAUUAGUCUUCUACUGCCCUACAGCUACAGAGCAGGCACCUCUGUGGGCAUAUAUUGCUUGUGCAUGUGGCCUUUUCGUUUACCAGUCUUUGGAUGCUAUAGAUGGGAAACAGGCAAGAAGAACCAAUAGUAGUUCUCCUUUGGGAGAGCUUUUUGAUCAUGGUUGUGAUUCACUAUCAACAGUUUUUGUGGUUCUUGGAACUUGUAUUGCAGUACAACUGGGGACAAACCCUGAUUGGAUGUUUUUUUGUUGUUUUGCUGCAACAUUCAUGUUCUAUUGUGCACACUGGCAAACAUAUGUUUCUGGAACAUUGCGAUUUGGAAUAAUUGAUGUGACUGAAGUGCAAAUCUUCAUAAUAAUCAUGCAUUUGCUGGCAGUGAUUGGAGGACCACCUUUUUGGCAAUCUAUGAUUCCAGUGCUGAAUAUUCAAAUGAAGAUUUUUCCCGCACUUUGUACUGUAGCAGGGACCAUCUUUUCCUGUACGAAUUACUUCCGUGUGAUCUUCACAGGUGGUGUUGGCAAAAAUGGAUCAACGAUAGCAGGAACAAGUGUUCUUUCUCCUUUUCUUCAUAUUGGAUCAGUGAUUACAUUAGCUGCAGUGAUCUACAAGAAAUCAGCAGUUCAGCUUUUUGAAAAGCAUCCCUGUCUUUAUAUACUGACAUUUGGUUUUGUAUCAGCUAAAAUCACUAAUAAGCUCGUGGUUGCACACAUGACAAAAAGUGAAAUGCAUUUGCAUGACACAGCGUUCAUAGGUCCGGCACUUUUGUUUCUGGACCAGUAUUUUAACAGCUUUAUUGAUGAAUAUAUUGUACUUUGGAUUGCUCUGGUCUUCUCUUUCUUUGAUUUGAUUCGCUACUGUGUCAGUGUUUGCAAUCAGAUUGCAUCUCACCUGCACAUACAUGUCUUCAGAAUCAAGGUCUCUACAGCUCAUUCUAAUCAUCAUUAAUGAUGUAAUUGGUGUUAUAUAGGAAACUCAUAUUUUCUGCAGGAAAGAAUCUGAGCAUAUUAAGGAGAAUGGGGGUGGAUGAGAACAAAUAUAAUUUAUAAUAAACAGUGUUGUAUAACUUUUAUCCAUUGUUAUUGGUAACACUCCCUAACUAUCCUUUGUGAGAAUGGGAAUUUCAAGUCCCAUGCUAUAAAUUGUACAUGUUGUCAUACGGGGUUUGGCCCAAGAAAGCAUGCAGGAAAAAAAUGCCAUUUGUUUGUAAUUAUCCCAGAUUCAGAAUAAUAUUGUCAUGGGGAGCAGAUCCCCAGUUGUGGAGAUCUCUAAUGUAGAAUAUUUGCAAGCCAAAACAUGGUUACUUUAUAAUUUUAACAAAUCAUUAUCUUUCAGUAACAUCCUUGUUUAGUUUCUUUACAAAGGAGCUCAGCUUGUGGCACAGAUACAUACUACUAGCUUGUGGGGUGGAACCUAGUGAUAGAGACCUUGAAUUUGGAUUGAAAAGUUUCAUAUCUUUACACUGUUGAAUAAGUAACUGUUUUAUUGCUCAAGAAGUGGUAUCUCUCAUGGGCUUGGGAAAUCCUGUUAGCAUGCAGAAUAAUGUGGUAACUUUGUCAAUCCAUUUUAUUUUUUUUAAUAAAUAUAUGAUCUGAAAUCCAACUUUUUUUUUCUCAGUUUUAUUCAGUGGAAAGAUAAACUAAGUUUUAAUGUCAUUUUUUUAAAUGUAAGCAAAAUUUAUUUGUUUAAUAAAUAAGGAAUUCAGUUAGCUA